UCGAGAAACUGAACUAAAAAAGCCUGUGUUCUUCUGGACAGUUUAUUAAUCUCGGACAGUUUACUAAUCUUGGACACUAAUUUGGAAUAUUGGUUUAAAAUAAUAAAAAAAUUAAUUUUUAAGGAAUGCGUCAUGCUCUUUAUGACAAAUUAGAUGAUGAUGGAAUAAGUUCGCCAGGCACCCGAGUUUCAGGAGAUGAUGUUAUUAUUGGCAAAACAAUUGCAAUAAAUGAAAACGAAAAUGAACUUGAAGCUACUGCUUCUCGAUAUCAAAAACGUGAUUCUUCUACAUUUUUGCGAAGUAGUGAAACUGGAAUUGUUGAUCAAGUUAUGUUAACAGUAAAUGCUGAUGGAAACAAAUUCGUUAAAAUUCGUGUUCGUUCAAUUCGUUUACCUCAAAUUGGAGAUAAAUUUGCUUCGCGUCACGGUCAAAAGGGAACAAUGGGAAUGAUGUAUAGAGAGGAAGAUAUGCCAUUUACUCGUGAAGGUCUUGUUCCCGACAUUAUAAUUAAUCCACACGCUGUUCCAUCACGUAUGACAAUUGGACACCUUAUAGAAUGUCUUCAAGGAAAGUUAUCAGCAAAUAAAGGAGAAAUUGGUGAUGCAACACCCUUUAAUGACACAGUCAACGUACAGAAAAUUUCAGCAUUAUUGGCUGAAUAUGGUUAUCAUUUGCGUGGAAAUGAAAUUAUGUACAAUGGGUUUACUGGACAGAAAUUAACUACACAGGUAUUUAUUGGCCCAACAUAUUAUCAACGUUUAAAACAUAUGGUGGAUGACAAAAUUCAUUCUAGGGCGAGAGGGCCGAUUCAGGGAAUGAAUCGUCAGCCAAUGGAGGGAAGAGCUAGGGAUGGAGGUCUGCGUUUUGGCGAAAUGGAAAGGGACUGCCAAAUCUCCCACGGUUGUGCUCAAUUUCUUCGUGAACGUCUUUUUGAAGUUUCUGAUCCAUACCUUAUUUAUGUUUGUAAUCAAUGUGGAUUAAUUGUUAUUGCAAAUCAACGGACUAAUACAUUUGAAUGCAAGGCUUGUCGAAACAAAACUCAAGUUUCUGCUGUCCGUAUUCCAUAUGCAUUUAAGUUGCUUCUUCAAGAGCUUAUGUCAAUGUCAAUUGCGCCGAGAAUGUGUAUUAAAUAG